AUGACGGCAAGUGGUCCUGGCCCUGUUUCCAGCCGUCUCUUCAUCAUUCGCGAUCGCAUUGCGGGAUACCGCCUCCUUGUCGACACUGGCGCGGAGAUCAGUGUUAUCCCGGCUUCUGCUGCUGACCGUCGCCGUGCUCACUCUGGCUCUAACCUCCAAGCUGCCAAUGGGACCACGAUCAAAACUUACGGACUAUGUUCCCUCACGCUUGACCUGCGCUUAAGAAGAACAUUUCGUUGGGUUUUCGUCCUCGCUGAUGUUUCGCAGCCUAUUCUUGGCGCGGACUUCUUGGCCUUCUUUAGUCUGUCUGUGGACGUCCGCCACCGGCGCCUUCUCGACAAUACUACGUCUCUACGGGUGAAGGGCACGUCCUCCUCCCACUCUCCGCUUGGCAUCCGUGCCCUGCGUCCCACUUCACCGUAUGACGCCAUCCUAAACGAAUUUCCUGACAUAACCAGCCCUGCAACCUCAAGGCUCCCGUCAAACACAGCGUCACGCAUCGUCACAACUGGUCCCCCGGUGUCUUCCCGUUACCGUCGGCUGCAUGGCGACCGCCUCACCAUUACCAAACGGGAAUUUGAGCAUAUGCUCGAACUUGGCAUAAUCCGCCCGUCCUCCAGUAGCUGGGCGUCGCCAUUGCAUAUGGUUCCCAAGACCGACCCCGGCGACUGGAGGCCGUGCGGCGAUUAUCGGGCUCUUUAA